UGAUGAUGAUGAUGAUUAAUCCUGAUGUGUGUUGUAGGUUGUUACGAGUGCUUCAUGAGGUGUCUGGGAGGGAUUCCUUACACGUCUGUGGUGGCGACGCUCCUCUGCUUCUCCGGAAUCGCCCUGUUCUGUGGCUGUGGGCACCAGGCGCUCACCGAGACUGACCGGCUGAUCGAGAACUACUUUGCUCGGAACAUUCAGGACUACAUCACGCUGACCUACGUCAUCGAGUACUUUCAGUACAUCAUCUACGGCCUGGCUACGUUUUUCUUCCUCUACUGCAUCGCGCUGCUGGCCGAGGGAUUUUACACCACCAGCGUGGCCAAGCAAACGUUCGGAGAGUUCAGGAGCACCAACUGCGGCCGCUGCCUCAGCACCACGUUCAUCGUGAUCACGUAUUUUCUGGCUGUCGUCUGGCUGCUGGUCUUCGCCUUCUCCGCGCUCCCCGUCUUCUUCUUCUAUAACAUGGCCUCCACGUGUCGCACCAUCGACUUUCUGUCCGAGACGCCCUCCAGCAUCAAUCAGCUGUGCGUGGACGCCAGACAGUUCGGUUUACUUCCGUGGAACGCCGUGCCGGGGAGAGCGUGUGGGAUGUCUCUGUCCAACAUCUGCAAAACAAGAGAGUUUUUCCUGACGUAUGAUCUCUACGUGGCCGCCUUCGCCGGAGCUGGGAUCACACUGCUGGCUCUGCUCACGUACACCGUCUCCACCACCUAUAGCUUUGCAGUUCUGCGCUACCUCGGGAGGAAAGGUUUGGGUGCACGGUGUUAA